AUGAGUAGAGAGCGUCUAAAACCUCUCGUAGACACUCCUGUACUCCAGCCAACACGUUCACGCCGCCCAGCCCAGCCCAAAGUGACCCUACCCAGGAUCAAAGAUAUCAGAAGUCAGCUAAAGCGGCUUAAUCUACCCACAAGCAUCAACAAAGUCCUUUGGGAUGCUUAUCGUGGCCGAGCUAAGGCCGUCAAGUCUAUCGUAUCAUUGCAGUUGAAGGCAAUUUGGACCGACCUUAAUCGCUCUGAACGCCUGACUCCGAAGGAAAGAGUAGAAAGAUUUCAUCGGCUCGCCAAAAUUCAUGCAGAUCAGCUUUCUGAUGGCUACGAGCGUCUAUACGACUCGGCAGUCGACGCCAUUCUCUCACAUAUCGAUCCAGACUUACUCAAGAAGAACACUAAAUUUGACACCCGUUGGGUACCAGUAUUACAAUGGAUUUUCGAAAACACGGCAGGCCGUUAUCCUUCACAAAGGCAAAAGAGAACGCUGGCCCGUAAUACUACUUUAACUUACCGCCAAAUCACUGUCUGGUUCCAAAAUCGGCGAGCUCGUCAGAAGAAGCGGAAUGCAAUGAUCGCUGCAGGGCAGUUGCCGACAGAAGCACAGCCUGAAUCCAUUACCGAUUCACCAGAACAACCCCCUGAGGAUGAUAUCGAAUGGAUCUAUAAAAAUGAUAUUCUCGUACCUCGGUACCAUCCCGAUGGGAGACUGCCAUUUCAUCGUUGGUAUGAACGAUGCAAGUUCCCCGUCACCGAAUGGCCAAGGCAAGCCUACGAUGGAGACGGACUUAUGUCGCCGGUGAAUAACGGAGAAAUGAUAAUUCUCUAUCGAUCCUUUAAUAACUUGCACGUCGUUCCUUGUGAACCCCCUCCCGAGGUUGCUGAACUAUGCAAGCAUGUCAACUCGAUUGACUUGGAAACUCCGGAUGGAGGUGACACUCCCCAGCCAGACGAUGAAGCCGAUCAUGGAAAUGAUGAUGCACCUUCGCAAAGCGAUGACACUUCCCUCGAAACAUUUGAAGCUGAUGAUUCUUCCUUCGAAGGGUUAGACCCAGAGCUGGAGUCUGAUGAUUCAACGUCGGGGCCACCAAUGCUCGAUAUCAAUCCCCUUGAUCAUCUGUUGCCAUUGCCAAGUACCCGCGCAAUUGCGCCGCGACGUAGAAGAAAACCGAAAUUGUCGUCCAGACCCUCUCAACCCAAGCGUGCGACUGCAUAUAAUAUCUUCCCCAAGAAAGCUGGUAAAUUCAAACUCGUCCCUAAACAACCACGCCUCCUCAGCAAAGAGGAUUCUCAAAGAGUGCUACGCAAUGGUGUUGGAAAGGUGCCACUUGUUCGCGUCCAUUUCCGUACUCCGUCCAAGAUGGAACCACCACCAGUGGCUCCCAAAUCUUCAGAAGUGAAGCAACGGCAAACGGACCGAAUCAUGGUUGUCAGUGGGCGUCUUGUGCGAGUUCGGCCUAAGAAGAGCCUCCCACCUGCUAUCCGAGAAGUUCCUUCCUUAUCGCCAUCCUCCCUCGGAAACUUGCCAACUACUACGGCCAGUCACACUCCCUAUGACGUUCAACACGAUGACUUCCCCUCUUCUCAAACGAGCUGGGAGUCACCAGAUAAUGAAAUGUCAAGUUCGGAUGCUCAACAAGACGCGGCGUUCAAACCAGAUGAUGACGAUUACUCUGAGAGUAGCCCCUCGUGCUCAGGAUCUUCUCACUAUGAUUCUGAUUACGAUGAGUUGCUUGUGGCCUCAUGCAUGGAAGGAGUUUCACUUUCCUUCAAUGAACCUCACGAAGUCCUUGAACCUGCACAACCACUAGAAUUACCAGAGUGCUUUCAGAUCCCUUAUGAUCCUGAUAUAGCCGAAGUCGCUCUCAAUGAAACUUUGCAAGCCUUUGGCAUAUCGGUCAAUUAUCUCGCUCCAGUUGGUUACAAUGCUUUGGACCAUCAAGCCUGGAAAAUCGAGUACGGUGCUGAUCAAUGUGUGGAUCUUGAAGCCACAAUGAUGCCCGUUGAUCUUCAAGCCUGGAAUGCAAGUUUCUACGCCGAAGAACCCACAAUUGACCCACCCGCCGAAGUCGCCAGCACCUUCAUUGAUGAUUAUCUUUCCGCACUACCAACAUUGACAGAGGGUUCAUCGUACAACUCUUCAGAAUCCUUUGCGGCUCUACAAGCAGGCAUAGAGGCUACCUUAAGUGCUCGAGGACUCGGUAGCACUCCAGAAGUUGACCCAAGUGAUCUCUCAUCCCUCUUUGAAGUCCUUCCACCCUCUGAACCUCCUUUUCCACCAACAGAUGAUUACGGCGACGGAUCGCAAUUCCUCGUUCAAUUUGAGGAUGAAGAACCAUGUGGAGAACCAUUCAUACCCAUCUUUACGGAGGAGGAUUUCCUUCCCGACUCAGAACGCUAUCCCCAAGUCAUGCCCUGUCCAUUCGACCCCUAUAUGCCAGGUUCUGAAUCGCAAUGGCUUCCUGCUAUUAGUCAAGAUCCGACUCAAUUCUGGCAAGACUUUUCACUUGACACUGGACUUAUAUCAGGGAUAUCUGCGCACACAUUAAACCAGCCCUCCACCCAGCCAAUGCCUCACCUUCCUCUGACAUCCCUUGUGGAAUCAGGUGGCACCGAGGCGUUGCCCGAGGAAUCUGGAACUACUGCGCAGAAUUUCCUUGAAUUCCUUGCCUCUCUCCCCGGCUCUCUAGUGUCUACCGUGACCAGCUUAGUUGCUUCUGGUUCGAAUACAGGCUCUUCGCGUCCUAAGUCCACACCUAGCAUUCAACGAGUCUCACCCGUCGACUUCAGUGAUACAGAUGACUUCAAGAGGGAAAUAACGGAAUAUGCAAACCUCCGUAUUUAUGGCACCACGACCUCACCCUACGAUGAUCCCAACCCUCCAGUUUUGUGGUAA